AUGGUUACAUUAAUAGUUAAUUACUAAAUGGUAACAUUAGUAGUUAAUGUAAUGGAUAGAAAGUAAAAUUUAGGGUUGGGCAAAUAAACCAAACUUGAAAAUCCGAACCAAAUCCGAUCCGGUAAAAAUGAAUCCAAACCGAUCCAAACCCGACACAAAUAUCAAUGGAUUUUAUUUUAUGGUACUUCGGGUUAUGAGUAUUAUCCGAACUGAAUCCAAACUUAAAUAGAUAUCCGAUAGAACCCCAAACAUUCAAAAUCUCAAAAAGAACUUGUACCAAACAUGAUUUUAAUUCUUAAUAUAUAUCCAAAUACACUAAAAUAUUAUUGAACAUUUAAAAUAAUUAUCUAUUAUUUGAAAGUGGCUGUUGAAGCUUGAAGUUUUUAGAUUUUGCUUUUGUUUUCAUUGAAUAAUGGUUCUCAUUUCAUAAAAACUUGGUUUUCGUUUUAUGUUUUCAUUUAUUUGGUUUUCUUCCCAUCAAUAACUAUGUUUACUUUUCGUUUGAUUUUGAAUGAUUGCGUUUGAUGUUUUUUACUUAUGGUUGAAUCGAGUUUACUUAUGUUUUGGUUAUAAAAUAGGUAUAAAUUAGGUAUUUUAAAACCAAAGAACCGGUUUUAUUUAUGUUUUAGUUACGAAGUAGAUACAAAUCAUGUACUUUUAAACCAAAAAAACUGAUUAAGACCCAAACCCGAAAGUACAUCGGGUUGUACCGGCUCUUUGAAAAUUUACUAACUAUGACCCGAACCCGAUAGAACCGGAACCAGUCCCAAACCAAAAUUUCAUAUAACUCAAAUGGAGUUGAUUUUGAUAAAUCCAAAGAACCAAGACUCGAUUGGAUAAAUCCGAAACCCGAUUGAGACCCUGAAUUUCCAAGCCUAGUAAAGUUAAUUGACACAAUAUAUAUAAAGAAAAUUAAUUAUAUUUCUUUUUGGAGUUUGCUAGUGAAAAUAGUUCAACAUUAAUCAUUCAAAAGAAUAAAAACACUAACAUGUGUUCGUGUUUUAUUUACCAGUAAUUAAGAAAAAAAAUAGUGUUCUUUUCCUAUAAAUAAUUCGUUAGAGUGUCUAUAAAAGUUAAUGUCCAGUCUAGCAAACCAAAAAUUUUAGUUUAAAAUUUACAAAAUUAAUAUUGGAGCACUAAUUAAGACACGGUGUCAAGUAACGGGCGUUAGCACCGACGAGGAAGGAGAUAGUAUUCAUCACCAUCAUUCUCAGAAGUCACAAACAAACACACACAAGAGAGAGAAGGAGCAGUUACAAGUUUCUCUCGCCUGUCACGAGAACAAUGGAUAUCUGCAUGGAUAAAGAGCCAGAUGGUCUAGUGGUCUAUGCCAAUAGUGAUUCUUGUGACCCAAACCAAGAAAAUGUUUCUGUACUGCCUCCCUUAGAUUCAGUAUCACGCGACGAAGCCAAUGGAAAUACAGAGCUUCUAUUAACAGAAGAGAACGUUGAAGUUAAAGAAUAUGAUGUUAAAGAGUGUACUAAUGAAGUUCCAGCUGCUAAGCCAUUGGAAGAUGGCAAUAUGGAGAUAGCUGUUUUGGGAAAGGAAGCUAAACGUGCGUUGAAAGCAGGUCGUUGGAUUAACAAAAAAAGGAACACUGUUCCACAACCAUUUGCUUUAGCUACUGAGAAGCGUGCUUCAUCUACUACACGUUCGUUUACGGGUGAGUCUCAUGGAGUAGCAGCUGUUUCGAAAAUAUAUCCGGAUGGGUAUAGUAAAGUACAAAAUCAGGCCACAAAGGUACCUAGGAAACCCUUGCAGCCAAAAAACAAGAAGCUUUCUGAUGAGGAAGAUUCUUGCUCUGUUGCUUCUUACUAUUUCUCUACUGAACAUGUGACUAUCGUCGACAGUACCAAAUCAAGAACCAUUGUCACCGCAGCUCCUUCGUUUCGAUCCACUGAGCGUGCAGAGAAGAGGAAGGAGUUCUACAUAAAACUGGAAGAGAAACACCAAGCCAUGGAGGCUGAGAAAACGCAGAGCGAAGCAAGGAACAAGGAGGAAAAUGAUGCAGCCUUGAGGCAACUAAGAAAGAGUUUGAUGUUCAAAGCAAACCCAAUGCCCAAAUUCUACCAUGAAGGGACUCCUCCCAAGGUUGAACUUAAGAAGGUAACACACAAGCCACCUCCAACUCUAGCGAAGUCGCCAAAACUAGGGCGAAGGAACAAGAGGCGGCAUGAAACGCGAAAGACUCUAAUAGGGAUCUCUAAAGAAGACCCUGAUGAUGAAACUGCACACAAUGCUGACCAGAUAAACCGGUUUGUUACAGAGGAAAAGUGAACCAAAACAGUCUUUUGGUGACAAGGAACUGAGAGUUAUGUUUCUGCUGUGAGAAUGUGUGGGAUGGCUUGUGUUUUUUUUUUAAUUUAUGAUUCUAAGUGUAAUUGUGUGUAGUUUAAUGUUAUUUUUGUUGCAUGUUUAUGAAUGCAAGAAUCUUCCUGUUCGACUUUUUUAUAAUGAAUCUGUCUUGUUCAUAACGA